CUACUACAAACGAAAGUAGCUGGUUCACCAGGCCAGUGUCAUUACCUUCCUCCUAUUGACUCAUCUGUGAUUGCAGGAUGCUAAAGUUUUUCACAUUUCUGUAUAUUUGCCGAAGGUGUGUGUCGGUGUUACAAGCGUCUUUUGUUUACUUUCCGUGACAGCAACACGGCUGUUAGCUGGUCAUAAAUAAGAGAUGGAUGGGUGACUGUCUGUUGAGAAAAGUCCAAAAGCUAGCUACUUCACGGAUUUAUUUUUCCUGACUGGGACCCGGAAGCAGAAGUACGAUGGAGUCAAGAUUCUCGGCUGACCGUAAAAAGAUACCGUACAAUGUGUAUUUCUAAAUAUUCCCUGCCGUCGCAGUAAAGAAAAAAUCACCACCACAACUCUUUAGGCUGGAAAAAGACUUUUAAAAACAACCGGAACUCAGUAGCCGAACCAGGAAGGAAAGAAGAAUGCUUAGUCUCUAUGUUGGUAAACAAUCUCUAGUGGAGUUGCGUUCUGUUUGUGUGUGUCUGAAGUUGUAAAAAGAGAACCGUGUAAAUGGGAAGUUAGACCUUGGUGAUGGACGAUGAACCCAUCUGUCUGAUUUUGUGUAAGGAAAAAAUGCCGAGCCUUGUGAGCAGUUACGACGGGGAUACUGUCAGCAAUGUGUCCGAAGUGUCAGACGAAGUUGGGACACAAAGCACAGAUUUUGUCCAUGACAACAGAGAGACAGAAGUUAUAAUAUCUGACGCGGUUCUGGAGUUUCACAAAGAUAGGCUCGAAAGGACUGGUAGUAAAGAAAAUACCGAAAGGGACAGUGUUAGAAAACCGACAGCUGUGGACAUUUUAAGAAGGAAUUUCGGGACACCCAGACCUCUAACUAAUGUUGACAGCAACCCCGCGGAAGAACAGAAAGACAAUCAGGAUGUCUUCGUGGGUACAGAUUUUAAAAAGCCAGUGGACAGCCAGGAGAGAGGAAAGUCCAUGACGAGUGAAGCGAAACACUGUGUUUGCAUUGGAAAUGAGCAAAUAAACUCAGAAUACAAAUCUGGAUUAACGGCAUCCGAUUUGGAUGAAGUGGAUUUAAGUGAGUCGGAGGAAAACCGUGAGACCAAAUUAAGAGGUGGAGACGACAUUUGCCUGUCCACGGAACAUGUUUACUGCACUGUGUACUGUAUUGCAAACGAUAACUACAGGAGACACGCCGAUAAUUUGGACGGCGAAGUAGACCUGGAUGGAGGGGUAAUGACAACAGACGUCGCAACCCAGCCAGUCACGGAUUUGCGGCAGCAGGCUGACUUGGAGCUGGGCCACUACCCGGAACCUUUCACACUAACGAACCUGAUUGAUUCCCGGACGUUGAGCAACUUUUAUAACGGGGAAUACAGUGUGUCCGUUGUCUUAACUUGUCGCAUCUGUCUGGAGGACAAAAAUAUCAAGCCGUUACAUUGUUGUAAAAAGGCUGUGUGCGAGGAAUGUCUGAAAAGAUACAUCAGCUCACAGGUGCGCGCGGGCAAGGCGGACAUCGUGUGCCCCAUCACGGAGUGCAGUGGCCACCUGGAGGAGAACACCAUCGUCAGCCACCUGGCCAGCGAGGAGGUGGCCAAGUACCGGUACUUCCUGGAGCUGGGCCGGAUCGACUCCAGCACCAAGCCCUGCCCCCAGUGCAGCCUCUUCACCUCCCUGAAGACGCGGAGCCUGCAGACGCCCAGCAAGACUGAGCAGAAGUACAAGGUCCAGUGCGCCCAGUGCCAGUUCGUGUGGUGCUUCAAGUGCCACUCCCCGUGGCACGAGGGCCUGAAGUGCCGGGACUACAGGAGGGGCGACAAGCUGCUCCGCCACUGGGCCAGCGUCAUCGAGCACGGCCAGAGGAACGCCCAGAAGUGCCCCCGCUGCAGGAUCCACAUCCAGAGGACGGAGGGCUGCGAUCACAUGACCUGCACCCAGUGCAACACCAACUUCUGCUACCGCUGCGGGGAGAAGUACCGCCACCUGCGCUUCUUCGGAGACCACACCUCCAACCUGAGCGUGUUCGGCUGCAAGUACCGCUACCUGCCCGAGAAGCCGCACCUGCGCCGGCUGGUGCGAGGGUCCGUCUGCGCGAGUAAAGUUUUGGUUGCGCCCCUGGUGGUUGUCCUUGUGGUGGCGUUUGGAGCCGUGGCCCUGGUCAUAGGCCUUGUUGCUUUCCCCGUCUACUACAUCUGCAAGAAGAGGAGGAAGCAUUCUCAGGGGACCAGACACUGGCUGUGGUGAAGGAGUCGGUCUGGGAGGGACCGAGCCCGGGGGGGGGGGCGCCAGAGGAGCGGAGGGACCGCCACAUAC